UCUAUUAUCACUCAAGCACUGAAAGAGUCGCAGGCAGGACGCACAGUGAGUUCAGCUAGGACAUGUUUCGCUGUUAAGGCAAACUAGCGUCAACUUGUUGAUAGUUUUAGACACUUCUGGCUAGAGUUACAAUCAGUUCGCUCUCGUCUUUGGACUUAUGUUUCCAAAACGUAACGCGUAAACGCUUAGCUUCGCGGACACUUCAAGUCAGUGGAUUUGAUUUUAAAUUAUUUAGUAGUUUACGGUGAUACUUCAGUAUCACCACUAAUCUCUGUGGUCAGCCAUGUACAGCAUGCUGGAACACGACAUGAAGUCCGCCGUGCCACCGACGCACCAGAGCGCGCAGGGAAUGACCCAGCUGAACGGUGGAGUGGCUCACGGAACCGCCAAACCGACUGUCAACAACCAACAACAACAGAUUAGCGAUCCUAUGGACAAAGUUAAGAGGCCCAUGAACGCGUUUAUGGUCUGGUCUCGGGGUCAGAGGCGCAAGAUGGCACAGGAGAACCCCAAAAUGCACAACUCUGAGAUCAGCAAGCGCCUGGGCGCCGAGUGGAAGCUGCUGACGGACGCGGAGAAACGGCCGUUUAUCGACGAGGCCAAGCGGCUUCGCGCGCUGCACAUGAAGGAAUAUCCAGAUUAUAAAUACAAACCCCGUCGUAAGACGAAACCCGUGCUGAAGAAGGACAACCCGGCUGCCAAGUAUCCCCUAUCAGCCGGCAACUUACUGGCGGCAGCCGCGGCUCAAGGGUCAGGUGGAAGCCCGCGGAUGGACAGCUACGGCUGGGGUCACACAGGUGGCUACACUGGCAUGCAGACGGAUGCUCUGGGUUACAGUCAGCAGCUGCACCGCUAUGAUCUGUCCGCCCUCCAGUAUCCAUCCGCCAUGGCCACAGCACAGUCUUAUAUGAAUAGUGCCAACUCUUACAACCCCAUGUCCUACAGCAGCACUCCACAGCAGCCCAGCCCGGUCAUGUCCAUGGGGAAACCAGACCAGGUGUCUCAUUCUCCCACUGGCGUACACAGCCACCAGCGGGGUCCUUUACAGGGAGACCUGAGGGACAUGAUUAGCAUGUAUAUCCCUGCUGGAGACACCACAGACAGUGGAGCACAGAGAGGCUAUUCCAACAUCCAACAGCAUUACCUCACCGGUACAGCACCUCUCACUCACAUCUGAUCAGGAAACUGUCAUUACCUUCCUGCUUCAGGUCUGGAGGGCCAUCAGUGUCGGUUGUAGAUUUGUGAACAUUAACUUGAUAUGUAAAAACGGAUGAGGGUGUGUGGACACGUGUGUGGUCGAAAUGGAAAUCACAAGGCAGCUGGACUUCUGGCCUUGUUGAAGUGCCUCAGAAUAUUGUGCGGAAUGUGUCGCUCAUUUCUAUAACAUUUUCUUUAUUAAUGUCCAUGUCUUUGUUUUCUGCAUAAUGUUCGAUGAUUUUAUCAUUUGGGCCUGGUGCACUGUUUUUUGGAAUUGCUCAUGGUAGUAACACGGCACAUUUUUUUCCCCCUUUUUUUCUGUAAUCAAUUAGCCAAAUGGUUGACUACUGCUUGUUAUUUGCAUAGUCAGCUAGUUUAAUAUCUCACAGACUAAUGAUUUCAAAGGCAUGACUGUGAACGCUAAAUGGGAAAGGAAGGGAACGGAGCACACAAUCCCUGCUUGUACUGAUCAUCAAAACACCUCAGAAAUUAAUCUCCCAAGUUUUACUUUUAAGCUUUCAUACCAUAAGACUUUGUAACAUUGUGCUGCUCUUCAUUGUUUAGAUAAUGCAAA